AUGGUGUCGCAACACGAUCACGCGAGCGAGCAACAUCACCCCGACGCGGCGUCGGAGAAAUCUCCGGACUCCAUCGCACCCAACAAAGACGAAGAGGAUGGACAAGGUGCCACGGAAGCACAGMCUCGCGACAAUAAUGUGCUAGAACAGUCGCAAUCAAGGGCCUCUACUGUUGGCCCUCCGCCGAAUGGCGGUACGCAAGCAUGGAUCCAAGUGCUCUGUUCAUUCUUCUUGUUCUUCAACACAUGGGGCAUUUUGAACACAUUUGGUGUCUACCAAACUUACUAUGAAAGCGGCGCGUUGUUCACGGAGUCUUCAUCAAACAUCUCAUGGAUUGGUGCUCUCCAGGCAGUUUCGGUGCUCGUGGUCGGCGCCUUCGUGGGGCCCAUCUACGAUCGCGGUCAUCUCAGACUGCUACUAGUGACAGGCACCUUCUUGAUGGUCUUCGGACAUAUGAUGCUUUCUUUGUGCACCGAGUUCUGGCAUUGUAUCCUUGCGCAGGGAUUCCUUAUCGGGAUUGGAGGUGGAUGCCUUUACGUUCCCUCUGUCGCCAUCCUGCCCACUUACUUCACGACCCGGAUUGGACUCGCGAUUGGUAUMGGUGCUAGUGGCAGUUCAAUGGGUGGCAUCAUCUAUCCCAUCAUGUUCUAUCGCUUGAUCGACCAGGUUGGAUUUGGCUGGAGUGUCAGGAUACUGGGCUUCACGGCACUUGUGACCUUGCUCUUGCCCAUCUGCUUGAUGAAGAUGCGAGUCAAGCCGGGCAAGGUUCGGAGCAUUAUUGACUGGUCUGCAUUCACGGAUGUACCUUUUGCGGUGUUCACUCUUGGCUGUGUCAUCGGGUUCAUCGGUCUAUACGUCGGGAUCUUCUAUCUGUCCUUCUUUGGUAAAUCUCAGGGAUACACUAGCACGAGUCUAUCAUUCUACCUCGUCGCCAUCCUGAACGCUGGCUCCGUCUUCGGUAGAACCUUGCCGAAUAUUCUGAGCGACAAGAUCGGGCCCCUCAACGUUAUAACACCAGGAUCCAUUUGCGUCGGAAUAGUAAUUCUCUGCGCCCUCGCGGUCAAGAAUGCCGGUGGUCUCAUUGUUAUCGUCCUCCUUUUCGGGUUCUUCAGCGGGAUCUUCAUUGCACUGCCUCCUGUGCUGUUUGUGGCUCUGACUAAGGACAAGAGCAAAAUCGGAACGCGCAUCGGCAUGGGCUUCGCGUUUUUCGGCUUCGGAGUUCUUGCGGGUGGACCGGGUGGUGGCGCGGUUCUCGGAGAAGAUGACUGGAAUGCAAUUUGGAUCUAUGGGGGAGUUAUGCCUAUUGCUGCCGGCUGUAUCUUUGGUGCGAUACGGAUGUGGAAGACUGGUGGGAAGCUCAUGGUCAAGAUUUGA